AACAUUAGAGGCACCAAAUUGUAGUUGCGCAUCUCAACUUCAUUGAUCUAUGACGGUUACAAGUAACAGUGACAGCAAGUGGCAUUAUUAACACAAAAUAUUAACAUCCCAACUCAAUAAAUAUUAAUGUUGAACUAGUAAUAUUGUGAUAAUUUACUUAAUAAGUGCAAAUUUGUAAAUUCAUGCUUGUGUAAUUUCUUGUAGUUUUUUAUACUUAAAAAUAGAACAAUUCAUUAAUGUAAAUAUAAUUUUAUUAAACUAGCUAUUGUUAAACAAUGUAUAAAGCAAACCAAGAACCUGAUAUACCUGCAGCGUUGGGCUCACUUACACACCUAAAUAAUGAUGAACUUAAAGAAUUAUUAAAUGAUGAUAACAAGUUUGAAGAUAUUGUGAAAGACAUAAAACAGUUCAAAGAUUUGGAAACCGAAAAGGACAUGUUAAUGGCAAGUAAUAGGUCUUUAGCAGAGUUUAAUUUGUCUAAGCAACCAGAAUUAGAAGGUAGUAAACAGAUUUUAAAAGAACUUGGUGAAAGAGGAAGUGGUUUAUGUGCAAGUGUGAAAGAAAAGUUAGAAGUAUUAAAGGAAAAGUCUGGUGAAAUGUCUGUUGAUACUGCUUUGGAUUUAUUACAAACAGCUACUGCUGAAAUUGAAGAGCAAUCAGAGAGUAUAGCAGGGAAGUUUUUGGCUGGUGAUAUGGAAGUAGAUGAGUUCCUGGAACAAUUUCUUUCUCAAAGAAAAUUAAUGCAUCUACGUAAAGUAAAAGUAGAUAAGCUGAAAGAGUUAAUACGAAAGUCACACUUCUCUGGUGGUCCAGGUUAUCCAAUUGCUAGUAAUUUUCCUGGUAUAGCACCUGCGAUUCCUUAUCCAACUGGACCUGUCUCUAUGCCCAUGCCUGUGCCAUCUGGUUUACCACAUUAUAGGCCAUAUUAAAUUUUUGAAUUGGAGUAUAUAAAAUGUUAUUCUUUGAAGAUAAAUAAAUAUCUAAUGAAAUAAUGUUACUAUAUUUUUUUGUAUAAUAAAAUAUUUGUGCUUGUACAUUGAUAAGACA